GGAGGGAUUUUUAAAAUUGCAUUUGCGAAGUUCGGUGUCUGGGCAGGCGGUGGGGAGGGAGGGAAUGGGGAGCAGGCCCCGCCCCUACCGCCCUUUGCAAAUAAAAAUCUGGGGGGGGGGGGAGGAGCAGGAAGUGGCGGUGCGAGGGCUGCUGCACAGCUAGCAGAACCGCGGUCCGGACGGCAGCGCGUGCCCCGAGCUCUCUGCCUCCCCCCGCCCGCCAGUCCGAGGCAGCCUGAGCCCAGCCCACGGCCCCAGCAGCAGCGCCGAGAGCAGCCCCAGUAGCAGCGCCAUGGCCGGGUGGAACGCCUACAUCGACAACCUCAUGGCGGACGGGACCUGUCAGGACGCAGCCAUCGUGGGCUACAAGGACUCGCCCUCCGUCUGGGCCGCCGUCCCCGGAAAAACCUUCGUCAACAUCACGCCAGCUGAGGUUGGUGUUCUGGUUGGCAAAGACCGGUCAAGUUUUUUUGUGAAUGGGCUGACACUUGGGGGCCAGAAAUGUUCUGUGAUCCGAGACUCGCUGCUGCAGGAUGGGGAAUUUACCAUGGAUCUUCGUACCAAGAGCACCGGUGGAGCCCCCACUUUCAACGUCACUGUCACCAUGACUGCCAAGACGCUAGUCCUGCUGAUGGGCAAAGAAGGUGUCCAUGGUGGUUUGAUCAACAAGAAAUGUUAUGAAAUGGCCUCCCACCUGCGGCGUUCCCAGUACUGACCUCAUCUGUCCCUUUUCCCCACCAUUCCCCACCGCUUUUGCACCCCUCUCCUUCCCAUACACACAUACACCAUUUUUAUUUUUGGGGCCAUUACCCCACACCCCUUAUUGCUGCCAAAACCACAUGGGCUGGGGGCCAGGACUGGAUGCACAGACACCUCCCCCUACCCAUACCCCUCCUGCGUGUGGUUGGAAAACUUUUUUGUUUUUUGGGGUUUUUUUUCUGAAUAAAAAAGAUUCUACUAA